CCCUCCGGCAUGGAGCAGUCUCGGCGGCCGCGGGCGCUGCUUCGGCUACUACGGAGCUGCUACGCGGAGGUGCUGCCCUUGGAAGCCGCCGUGCGGGGUCUGCAGGCGGGCGGCCCCGGGCCUUGGGAGCCGCUGGUGGGAGCCUCGGACCCCCCGAACUACCGCGACCUGGUGCACCGCUGCCUGGUGGGGCUGCCAGCCCAGGCGCCCCCUCCUCGCUUUGGUUUGCAGCAGCUUGUGGGUCUCCGCGAUGUCGUCGAAAGGGUCAUUCACAGGGCCUGUGAGAAGCAGAAGAAGAACGUCCUGGCUUUUGGCUACUCUCUGUUGGAGGAGAACAAACCCCCUUUGCCUGGCUUGCCCAAUAUUUGUAGCUUUCAUCCGAACAACAUGACAGAAGCCAUUUGCCAGAGCGUUCUCUGGGAAAUGGUGCUUACCAGGGUUGGGGACGAGCUCAUGAUGUACCUGUUGGAGCACUGUGCACUGUUCAUGCUGGUUCCUCCUAGUUGCUGCUACCAGAUCUGCGGGCAACCUAUCUACGAGCUCACUGGGGGGACCACAGCAGCCUCUCCUGCAUUCCUUAGGCAGAUGUACUCAGUGCCAUCCCAUAAUGCUUUAUCUCGGUACCUGCAAGGAAGGCUUCCGUCUUGGAAGCAUUACCUAGGAAAGGCAAAAUGGCGGAAGCGGAAAUCUGAAAUACAAGGACGGGGCCCACAAAAAGCUUUAGACGGUCGUUCUUUGUAUUCUUCUGUGGCGGGCCGGAACCCUACAAAUAGCGAGUCAGUUACAAAGAUCAGUGACUAUCCGUUGAGCCAGCGAAGACCCGGUUGGCAUUGCAGUGCGGUAGCGUUCGUAAAAAGGAAACGGGAGAAUUCCCACGAAAUUAACAGAAAGAGACUGAAAAUCAGGCCAGCGGACAAAGGGUUCGGAAAGCAAACACCUAUCUCAGCGCACAAUGUUCAGUUCAUUGGAGAUAAUGGGAGUGAGGAACCUGGAGUGAGUGUAAGGUCAUGUUUGGCAGAUACGGUAACGCCCAUGAAGGACGUUCAGGAACGUGAAUCUGGAGCACAAACCUCUGGCACGCCUUCCGUGGCUCUGGGAAAUCACAAACUAGUUUGUGGUAAGGCCCUAAAGGUAGAUAGGGAAAAGGAAACACUUCAAAACACCAAACUUGACACACAGAUAGGAAGAGGUGUUCUUAGAUCUUCUCCUGGGCAGAAAGUAACUGCAAAUAAUCUUACUGUGGAUAAACUCCUUAAAAAGAACGUUUGUCGUUCAGCUGGCGAAACAUGCCUGCCGGGAGAACUCAAGAUGUGCGAUCUCUUGUAUUCCAGUCGGCCGCGGGAAGAGCAUUUCCCUGAAUGGUUUGUACUGAAUCGCUUAAAGGGGUAUCAGUCAGGAGGACAAAAGCUUGUGGAAACUAUCUUCUUGAGCAACGAGGUGCUUCAGCGGCCUGUCGAUCCCUGUCCCCCAAAUCACCGUUGGAGGAAGAAGAGACUUCCGAAGCGUUACUGGAACAUGAGGGGCCUGUUCCAAGAACUGCUGAGGAACCACGCCAAGUGUCCUUAUCUAGCGGUGUUACAAAGGAAUUGUCCGGUUUUGGGGGCAGGCAAAAUUGGUCUAAGGAAACAGGGCGAGAGCUUAUCAAGGUCCCGGCAGGCUGGCACUGAAAAUUUGCUCAGAGGCACAUCGAGUGGUUUGUGUCCGUUUCCAGAACCAUCCGGUAGUUUGAGCCGAAUUGGUGAACCCGUUGAGUUGAGUGAAGAAGAACGUGAGGGGUCAACUCCUGGGGACUCCUCCAGGGCCAAUUUCCUGGAGCUCUUGAAGCAAAACUGCAGCCAUUGGCAAGUGUAUACCUUCCUGAGGGAGUGUCUCGAAAGAGUGGUCCCUGCAGCCCUUUGGGGUUCCAGCCACAACAAAUGUCGCUUCUACAAGAAUGUCAAAAAGCUCCUCUCCCUGGGGAAGCUGGCCGCUUUUUCUCUGCGCGAAUUGACGUGGAAAAUGAGGGUGAACGAUUGUGCUUGGCUUCGUCUGACCAGAGAGAGCGGCCACUCCGUUCCUGCCUCGGAACACUGUUUUCGUACAGCUCUGCUCUCCAAGUUCUUGUGCUGGCUGAUGGACUCCUAUGUGGCAGAACUCCUCCGGUCUUUCUUCUACAUCACCGAGACCAUGUUUCAAAAAAACUUGCUCUUUUUCUUCAGAAAGGCUGUCUGGAGCAAGCUGCAGAGCGCCGGAGUCAGGAGCCAUCUUGCGGCAGUGCACCUUCGCCCCUUGUCGAAGGAGGAGCUCAGAAUCCUGCAGCAGAGAAAGCACAUCCCUUUGGCGGCAAGGCUCCGCUUCAUCCCCAAAAUGAAUGGGCUGCGGCCAGUAGUGAAACUAAGUAGUGUGGUGGGAGAAGGAAAGUUCUGCAGGAAGAGCAGAGAUAAAAAGGUUCAGUAUUUCAACACUCAACUGAAGAAAUUAUUCAGCGUGCUUAAUUACGAACGAGUGAGGAAUCCUAGCCUGCUUGGCUCUUCUGCCUUUGGGAGAGAUGAUAUCUAUGCCGUGUGGAAGAAGUUUGUUCUGAAAGUUCUGGGAUCAAAUGCCCCAAUGCCUGCGUUCUAUUUUGUCAAGGCUGAUGUCCAUAGGGCUUAUGAUACCAUCCCCCAAAAUAAGCUGGAGGAAGUGAUCUCAAAGAUCCUCAGUCCCGAUGGCAAGACCAGCUACUGUAUCCAACGUUACGCGGUGAUCACAAGGACCAGGAACGGGCAGAUCAAGAAAUACUAUCGCAGACACGUAUCCACUUCACAGGACUAUAUCCGAGAUAUGAGAUGGUUUGUUCAUCAUCUUCAACAGAGCACCUCACUGCGGAAUGCAGUAAUAGUGGAACAGAGUGUUUCUUUGAAGGAAAGAUGUUCCAACUUGUUUGAGUUUUUCCGGCAGUUAAUCUAUACCAGUAUCCUGAAGAUCAAGAACAGGUACUAUGUCCAGAGCUGCGGGAUUCCCCAGGGCUCCAUUUUGUCAACCUUGCUUUGCAAUCUCUUUUAUGGAGACAUGGAGAACAAUCUACUGCAUGGUGUGCAGGAAGACGGAGUGCUGAUGCGUCUAACGGAUGACUUCCUGUUUGUGACGCCUCACUUAGGAGAAGCCAAAACCUUUUUGAGGACACUGGCCGAAGGCAUUCCUGAGUACGGCUUCACAAUAAAUCCAGCUAAGACUACGGUGAAUUUUUCUCUGGAUGACGAUAUCCCAGGAUGCUCAGCGUUCAAGCAGUUACCGGCUCACAGUAUGUUCCCGUGGUGCGGCUUGUUAAUUGAUACCCAGACUCUUGAAGUUUACUGUGAUUACUCCAGAUUUGCAGAUCAACAGUCCUCGAACAGUCUGUGUCAACAUUUUCAAAAUAUUUCUUCUGCAAGCCUACAGGUUCCACGCAUGUGUUGUCCAGCUUCCCUUUAACCAACAAGUUAAAAAUAACCCCAGUUUCUUCUUGAGGAUCAUCGCAGAUUCCGUGUCAUGCUGCUUCUCUAUUUUGAAAGCUAAAAAUCCAGGGAUUACUUUUUCUGCAACCAACCCGUCAAUCCUGCUUACAUUUGAAGCCAUGCAGUGGCUCUGCUAUCAUGCCUUCAGCGUCAAACUGGCUCAUCACACUAUUAUUUACAAAUGUCUUCUAAUGCCACUC